AUGGUGAUUAGCAAGUACUUCCAUCUAAUUUGUCCUUCCAUAUUUCUGCUAUUUGCAAUAUUUGGAGAAUGCCAAAGCUAUAGAAGCUCACUUAAGAAUUUUGAAGUUUUAAGGUUAUCUGCGAAGACUCAUCAUGAUUCAAUUAUACUCCAAGAAUUAAGCUUGGCUCAUGACUCAAAGCAUUCAUUGGCACCAUAUAGUACUUCUAGAAAAUGCAUUCAAGAUUCAAUCAUCACGUUUCAUAUCAAGGACUUGAAAUUGGUAGACGAAGAAUUCGAAGGAUCUGAGUGUAGAUUAAACACCAAGGAAAACUAUCAGGUCAUAGUAAGUCCUACACCACAAAUUCAUUUAAAAUUACACCAAGAUAUGUUCAGACAAAAACCAUCCCAUUAUAAAGACAUUGAGAGCCACAUAAUUGAAAAAGUUGAGAAUUACCCAAAACUUGAUUUACCAUUUUAUGACUUUGAGAGCUUGAAUUAUGAUUUAGAAUGUCCUAUUGAGUACUUUGAGAUUGGCCAAAUUAAAUUGAGGCAAUUUUCCUUGGAAACUAUUCUAGAAAAAAAUGUUAAAAUGUCACCUUCCUGUGGAUUCAGCGUUUCAGAUCCGGAAUUCGAUGGUUCAAUAACAACCUUGGAAACGCUAAGAAUUCCUAUUAACGGGACAUUUCAGUGUGUCAAUGGAAGAACCUCCACUUGUAGAAGAUCGAUUGCACAGGUUGCUAAUGCAAGGUAUAGAUUAUUAGAUUAUAUUAAGUAG